GAGCGGACCGGGACCGGGACCGGGUCCGGGACCAGCACCGGGGGAGGAUGGCCGCGGUUUUCGGGAAGAUCUUUGUGGGAAUGUACGUGGAGAUCAAACGGAGCGACGGGCGGAUCCACCAGGCCAUGGUCACCUCGCUGCACGAGGACAACGAGAGCGUGACGGUGGAGUGGAUCGAGAACGGAGACACCAAGGGGAAAGAGAUCGACCUGGAGAGUGUCUUCGCUCUGAAUCCAGAUGUUGCUCCAGAUGAGGAGAUUCCACAGAGUCCUGAAGCUCCUCUUCCUCCGUCCAACCUGCCCAAAGCCAGUAAAGUGCCCAAGACCAGACGGACGGCGGCGGCGCCGAAGACCGACGGCGCUCCACGGGAGAACAGAGCGGCAGCGGUAGGAACCACCCGGGCUCGUCCCAGCCAGCACAGCCAGGCGGCCGAGCCGCCGCCGCCGGCCAUCAACCCCCCGACCGGCCUGAACCCGGCGCAGCAGCAGCAGAACGCUCGCAGGAAGUCAAACUGUGUGAAGGAGGUGGAGAAACUGCAGGAGAAGAGAGAGAAGAGACGCCUGCAGCAGCAGGAGCUGCGAGAGAAGAGAGCACAGGAGGUGGACGUGAACCUGCCGAACUACGAGAUCAUGUGUAUGAUCAGAGACUUCAGAGCCAGCCUGGACUACCGACCUCUGACCUCCAACGACCUGAUCGAGGAGCACAGGAUAUGUGUGUGUGUCCGCGCACGGCCGCUCAACAAGAAAGAGCUGUCCCUCAAGGACCUGGACGUCAUCACCAUCCCCAGUAAAGACGUGGUCAUGGUCCACGAGCCCAAGCAGAAGGUGGAUCUGACCCGGUACCUGGAGAACCAGACCUUCAGGUUCGACUACGCCUUCGACGAGAACUCCACCAACGAGAUGGUGUACAGGUUCACAGCCCAGCCGUUGGUAGAAACCAUCUUUGAACGAGGGAUGGCCACCUGCUUCGCCUACGGACAGACAGGAAGCGGCAAGACGCAUACGAUGGGAGGAGACUUUUCUGGAAAGAACCAGGACUGUUCCAAAGGGAUCUACGCUCUGUCCGCUCGAGACGUGUUCCUCAUGUGGAAGAAGCCGAACUAUAAGAAGUUGGAUCUACAAGUUUUCGCAACAUUUUUUGAAAUCUACAGCGGGAAGGUGUUCGACCUGCUGAACCGGAAGGCGAAGCUGCGGGUUCUGGAGGACGGGAAGCAGCAGGUGCAGGUGGUGGGGCUGCAGGAGCGGGAGGUCCGCUGCACCGAGGACGUUCUCAAGCUCAUCGAAGUGGGGAACAGCUGCAGAACGUCCGGCCAGACCUCGGCCAACGCCCACUCGUCCCGGAGCCACGCCGUGUUCCAGAUCAUCCUGCGGCGCCGGGGCAAGAUGCACGGCAAGUUCUCGCUCAUCGACCUGGCGGGGAACGAGCGCGGCGCCGACACGUCCAGCGCCGACCGCCAGACGCGCCUGGAGGGCGCCGAGAUCAACAAGAGCCUGCUGGCGCUAAAGGAGUGCAUCCGGGCUCUGGGCCGGAACAAGCCCCACACGCCGUUCCGAGCCAGUAAACUGACCCAGGUUCUGCGAGACUCGUUCAUCGGGGAGAACUCCAGAACCUGCAUGAUCGCCACCAUCUCUCCAGGAAUGGCCUCCUGUGAAAACACCCUGAACACACUGCGCUACGCCAACAGGGUGAAGGAGUUCGGCAUCAGUCCUUCAGACAUUCCGUUCUGUCAGACCGGAGGACGAGCAGAACUGUCCCCGACCUACGAGCUGAAGGAGCUGGCGGUCCACCCCGCCGCCGUCCUGGAGGGUCUUCAGGGUGGGGGGGGCCACAUCACCCAGCUGGAGGUCCUGGAGGCCCAGUGGGGGGUCGGCAGCUCCCCCCAGAGGGACGACCUGAAGCUGCUGUGUGAGCAGAACGAGGAGGAAGUGUCGCCGCAGCUCUUCAGCUUCCAUGAAGCCGUCUCUCAGGUGGUGGAGAUGGAGGAGCAGGUCCUGGAGGACCACCGGGCCGUGUUCCAGGAGUCGAUCCGCCUGCUGGAGGACGAGAAGGUUCUCCUGGAGAUGACGGAGGAGGUGGACUACGACGUGGAGUCCUACGCCACGCAGCUGGAGCAGAUCCUGGACCAGAAGAUCGACAUCCUGACCGAGCUGCGAGAUAAAGUCAAGUCGUUCCGUUGUACUCUCCAAGAAGAGGAACAGGCGAGCAAACAGAUCACUCCCCGGAGGCCUCGAGCGCUAUAGAGGGAUCCACUGUAGAGGGAUCCACUACAGACUGAUCCACUACAGACUGAUCCACUACAGACUGGGUGACAG